UUAUUACCAUGCCAUAGUUUCGUAGUUUAUGGACACUCCCUACAAACGUCAUUCAUUCACGCGCGCUUUCUCUUUCUUUCUCACUUUUCAUUCAUUCUGUAUCCGAGUGCCGAGCAGUACAGUCGUGUCAAUAAACGUUAGUUUGUUAAGUUAAUCAAACUUGUUUUAAUUGACUACCAAAUAAAACAUGGUGUCAGAAGCACUCGUGGACUGAAGGUGAUUUCCGGCGUCAUUUGAAAUCGCGGAAAGUGUUCGGCGAGGAAAAGUUCGAUCGAGCGACGAAGAAAAUCAUCAGCGGAAGUGAUCGCGAAGCAGUUGCGCAGUGAAGAGCGAACUUGUUUGAUCCUGUCCAGCGCCAUAUUUUUCUUUAACGUCGUGUCGAGGUGAAGUGUUUUCCCACAAAAUGGAUUCGAAGCAGUUUGCCGAGUUUAUGGGAAAGUUCCAGGAGAUGAUUGGAUCGUUGAAGAAGGCGCCGGCUGCGCCUGUGGAAAGACCGGCGGCAGUGGCAUCGGUUCCUCUUCCGCCCCCGCUGGAACUGGAUGGAGACAUGGAGAGAAACUUCGAUUUUUUCGAAGAAAGUUGGAAGUAUUACGCCAGUGCGGUUGGGAUGGACAAGUGGCCAGAGGCUCAAAACGAGCAGAAAACCAGCAUCCUGCUGUCGGUGGUUGGAACGGAGGCUUUAAAGAAGUAUUUCAACUUCGAACUGACCGCCGUGGAGAAGAAGGACCCGAAGCUGGCAUUGGCGGCGAUCAAGCGGAAGGUUGUACGUGAGCGGAACAAGUUCAUCGAUUGGUUUGAUUUCUUCUCGCUGUCUCAGGGGACGGAGGAAAGAAUCGAUGACUACUUGUGUCGAUUGAAGUCGCAAGCGAAGAUGUGUAAGUUUGGAGUCCUGGAAGAAGAUUUGCUGAAGUACAAGCUCGUCACGUCGAUCAAAUGGUUGAAGCUGCGCACGAAGCUGUUGACGAUGCAGAAUCUGACGGAGGCACAAGCAGUUGAUUUUUGCCGCGCGGAGGAAAUUGCCGAGCAGCACCCGAUUUCCGAGCAACGAAGUGCAAGCGUGAACAAAGUGAAGAAGCAUGCAAAAAACUGCAAGUUUUGUGGCGAAAUGCAUGACUUCACGAAAGGCAGUUGUCCAGCGUUCGGCAAGCGGUGCUAUCGUUGUGGCGGAAAGAACCAUUUCGAAGCAGUGUGCAAGGCAGAGCGUCGGAAGAAGCUAAAGCGGAAGUCUCGUGUGCAGAAAGUGCUUGUGGAUAGCAGUACCGACGGUGACUUGGCGGAGACGGAGUCGACGAGCAGCGAAAGUGCAACAAUCGGAAAAGUUUCCGAUGGAAGUGGUGGGCAUGUUGAAGCUAAUCUGGACAUGUGCAUCGCUGGAAAGUGGCAGUCAGUUCAGUGCGAAUUGGAUACAGGGGCAAACGCCAGCCUCGUGGGACACAGUUGGUUACAGCGGAUGACCGGAAGAGCCCACAGUGAUCUUCAACCGUCGAAGUACCGCCUUCAUGGCUUUGGUGGCGGCGAGAUUCCUGUGAUCGGUCAGACGACUAUCCGUUGUCGGCAAUACGGCCGUAAGUACAACCUGGUCCUACAAGUGGUCGAUGUUGAGCAAGGUCCGUUGCUAUCUGCGCACGUGUGUCGCACUUUGGGCUUCUUGGAGUUCGGCAAAAUGACUCGCGUCAACAUGCCGGUUUCUACCAAGCGCAGCAUCUGCCGCAUUGAAGCUCAGUGUGUAGGUAGCGUUGCCGGGCAAGAUCGUCAACCAACAAGAACGCGCUGUGAUCGUACGACAGGCGGCCCGCGGCAGCCGCAGACGGAUGAUCCAGUCCGCGCACGGCGAACCACGAAUGGUGCUAGCUGUGGUCUUGGCCGCUACACGAAGUUUUCGAGACUUGUCAUCAAGCUUUUUGCCUCUAGCAGUCACACAUCAUCCGAACAAGCUCCAGUGGUCUUCAGAAACAUCCAGCAUUUUGUGGUUUAGUUUUAGUUCUUUAUUUUUAGUUACACAUUAACCUCAUUCUCAAGCACAGUUCUAUUUAGUUUUCUUUUUGAUAAAACAGGGAAGAUGUUGUAUUACGUUAUUUAUUACCAUGCCAUAGUUUCGUAGUUUAUGGACACUCCCUACAAACGUCAUUCAUUCACGCGCGCUUUCUCUUUCUUUCUCACUUUUCAUUCAUUCUGUAUCCGAGUGCCGAGCAGUACAGUCGUGUCAAUAAACGUUAGUUUGUUAAGUUAAUCAAACUUGUUUUAAUUGACUACCAAAU